UUAUUUUAAAAUCUAGUAGAAUUCACAUAUAUUUUUUACUUCUAUAUUUUAGCACCCGCGAAACCCGCUUUAUCGGUCGCAAUCGAUAGACAACUAUGGAUCAGGAAAAAAUUAUGAAAACCGCAACUCGAAAAAUUAGUCGCUUGCGGUCACUUGGAAUCGUUACAGUUGGAGCAGCCACUUUAGUAGCGGGCAUUACGGCUUACAAGAAACAAGAUCAGUUGUUCCGCACGUUUAUUAUGCCGACAGUACGUCUCCUUCCGGCGGAAACCAGUCAUCAGCUGGCCGUAUUGGCCUGCAAGUACCGUUUGUGUCCUGUUUCUCAGUACCAGGAUGACCCUAAUCUGCACACCCCCUUCUUUGGCCGGAUGCUUAGUAAUCCGAUUGGUAUUGCUGCUGGAUUCGAUAAAAAUGCAGAGGCGGUGGAUGGCUUGCAGGAUCUUGGCUUCGGCUUUAUUGAGGUGGGCACAGUCACCCCGGCAGCCCAAGAGGGCAAUCCCAGGCCAAGAGUCUUCCGGCUGAAUGAAGAUAAGGCUAUCAUCAAUCGGUACGGGUUUAACAGCGAAGGCCACCAGGCGGUGCUCCAAAGGCUACAGCGGCUUCGAAGCAAGGAGGACUUCAAUGGCGUGGUGGGCGUGAAUCUUGGACGGAACAAAAGCACCAUGAGUCCAAUAGCAGAUUACGUACAGGGUGUGCGUGUUUUCGGUCCCGUUGCGGAUUACCUAGUCAUCAAUGUGAGCAGCCCAAAUACCAAAGGCCUAAGGGAUAUGCAAAGCAAAGAUAAACUAAGAGAGCUCUUGGAGCAGGUUAACGACACUAGAUCCAACCUGGAAAAGAACAAGAACGUGCCCGUUUUUCUAAAACUAUCGCCAGAUCUAUCAGAGGACGACAUGAAAGACGUUGUUUGGGUAAUCAAGCGCAAAAAGAGCAGCGUGGAUGGUCUAAUUGUGUCCAAUACUACUGUGUCUCGGGACAACAUCGUAGCAAUCAAGAUGACAGAGGAAGCAGGCGGAUUAAGUGGCCCACCACUCAAGGCACGUUCAACAGAGAUGAUCGCUCAGAUGUAUCACCUUACCGAUGGCAAGGUGCCCAUCAUUGGUGUGGGUGGCGUGGCCUCUGGUUAUGAUGCUUACGAGAAGAUCGAGGCUGGGGCCUCAUACGUUCAGCUCUACACCGCAUUGGUGUAUGACGGACCCGGUCUUGUGGAAGAUAUCAAGGAGGAGCUGUCUAAGCUGAUCACCGAACUGGGGCAUAACAAUGUGGCGGACGUGGUGGGCACCAAAAACAAGUUCUACCUGCCCAAGAAAUGAAACGACAAUACCAGACUCGAAGGAAAUGCUGCAUUCAUUUGUUAAUAACUAAACUCUUUAACUAUCAUCCUCUCUCCUUUCGGUAUAACCAGUAAAUCAAUCCAAUUAUUAGA